AUGGGUGUCGUUUCAAGUACUGCCGGACAUGGGGGAGGAAAUAAUGGCAAGGACAAGAGUCAGCAAACCCAGCUGAAUGGCGAUAAGCAGGAUACUCCGGACGAUGGCAGUCACUCCCAGACUCUCUGGAUCUUGAUCUUCCGAGGCUCCCCUCGCGAUAUCCAGAGCAACCGAGUCACCGAGUUAUAUAUCGUCUUCGAUGAGAACGAGAGCAAAAACCUCACCAUCCGAAUCCAAGGCCAUCACCCAAACUUUACCGUAGAGGAGAUAUGGAACCAACCUCAUCCCCGAACGAGGCCGCAUUUCUACCGACGACUCGCGGUCGCGACGGUUGAGACCAGUUCGGAACUUGAUAUGGGACUACGCGACGCAAUCUCGGGCUCCCACGUGAAUAAUACCGAGUCGGAUUGGACAUGUCAGAGUUGGGUUGGGGAUGUCUUGACGACGUUGCAAGAUGCAAGGCUCAUAACCGUCGAGGAGGGUGAUAAUGCCUUGAACGGGAUGGUGAAUUACAUCGCCCGCGCCCCGUGGCAAUGA